CGUCUCCGUUCUCAUCUCGGUUACUUCAAAUGCGCAAAAUAAGCGCACUGAAUUUGCUCUAAAAUUACACUUCUACUAAUUUUUUGGCUAUUUUCUUUGGUCUUUGUAUUUUUAAUAUAUUUUUUUUUAUUGAAAAGUGCUGAAAAGUUGAAUCUUGCUCAAGUCUCGUGAUUUAUGGCUAUUUUGUUAAUUCACCUGCGCCGACUCAUUAUCAUUUUGUCCCUCGUGUAUGUUCUCAUUGAUCUUGUGAGGCGGUUUUUAACAACCAUCCGCCGGCGACAGAUUGGUAAUCCAAUUCCGUGGUCGCGAGGAAGUCUGCACGUUAAACUUUGGAUUUACAUUUACACAGUUUAUACUUAUGUGAUGAUUUUUGGCGGAAUCGAGUGGAGCCGGCAUCGAUUUUUUGCAAUCUUAGCACCUCUUAAUCCUUUUCAAUAAACCAGUAAUUCCUUCAAGCCUCUCAUACUGCCCAUAAAGAUCUUUGGAAUAUCCCAAUGGUAAAACCACAAGUUCCUGUAAAGCCCAAAUAGUCACAAGAAGUUGCGGAAGUCGUAGGAAAAUUGCAAGUUUGAGCAGAAAAUGUCAACAUACAGAAAUUAUUUUCCGUGGAAAUCCAACUACUCGUCUUAUUCCUCAAAGUAUGGUAGCAGGUUCACUUCAUCGCGUGACGAUGUCUCAAGUGAAACCAAAACAUCUUCAACAGCAACUCCGAAAUUCGGUUCCCUAGCAAGUCCUACAACAUAUCGGCCAUCUUAUUCUGGUGGCACCUACAGAAGUGUUCCAAUUAAGAAAGAGCCCGUCACUACGACGUACUCUCGUUAUGGAGGCAAAGAAACCAAAGAACCGGAUAGGUCUACAAAAGAUAAGGAGCCUGAUUCUCCUAAAAAAAGCACAACUGUUGCUUCAAAAUAUGGAUCAACCAAGGAUCUUCCAUCAGCUUCAACAAGAAGUUAUGCAGGUGGAUCCACAAAGGACUUAUCGUCAACAGCCAGAUCUUAUUCAGGAGCAUCCACAGGGAAUCUCAAAAGCAAUUAUCCAUCGACGAGUAGUUUGGCAGAUACUUCAAAAACUAGUAGAUAUCCAUCUAGUAAAGAUCUAACAAGUUCAACAGAUAAGGGACCAACUUCCAAAUAUUCAUCGAAUCAUAAGUCAGAGAAAAAGAAUGACGGGCCACCGGUAACGUUUAAUACGCGAUAUGGGUCAACAUUGAAAGUACCUAGGGAGCGGUCACGGGAUCCUAGUCCAUCAGUUUCUUCAUCACUCGGAGUCAGUCGGUUUUUAAAGCCCGGAGACCGGUCCCGAGAUCCUAGCCCGAAUGUUUCAAAGACAGCGCCAAAAUACGGAAGGACUUCGCGGGAUCCUAGCCCGGUUUCACCUUCUGUUGCAAUUAGUAGAGUUCGAAGUAGGGAUCCUAGCCCAGUGGACCGGCCAGCUCCAACUUUGUUAAGAAGAUCUCGAGAUCCUAGUCCGAUCGAUCAACUGAAGGACCGAUUUGGGUCUACAUCGAGUGGAUACAGCCCAAAUUCAUUUAGUGGUAGUAGGCUAUACACCAGAGGAUCCAGUUCUACGACAUAUCCGAAAUUUUCUUCAUCCUCUAGAUCUGCAAUUGGAGACAGUGCAUUAUCCUACAUGACUCACAAUGAGGCUAGAGCAUGUACAACAGUGAGUAGGAAGUUUAAAGAAAAGACACCACCUUCGAAGAUAGAGACAGAAUCACCAGUUAAAGACAGUGAAAAACCAAAUGAAGAAGAAGACAUUGUUAUGAUUCAGGUGACAAUGAUUACAAGAUCUACUUCACCAAAUCCACAAUCGAGUACAUCAAAUUACUUGAAGGCUCGAAGGGAAAUAGCCAAAACUGUUGAAAAAACAAUUGAAAGACCUCUAAAGAGACCACAAAUGAUCGACAAAGAAAUCCAGUCUGAUCGUUUGGAUGAUCCUACAAAGAAUGUUAGGGUAUCAGCCACAAGAGUAUCUUCUUCUGUUCCCUGGUCAUCUUAUUUGGAUACAAAGUAUAGUCCGUCAACUGGAUCAUCCAGAUAUUCAACUUCAAACUCGGUGUCUCCUUCUAAAAGUUCAGCAAGUACUUCUACAAAAGAAAAAAGUGAAGAAAGUGACAAGAAAGAAGAAAAAGCAAAAACCAAAAGAUCUAGCAUCUCAAAGAGUAGUGACAAAUCCAAAAGUCCUUCAAGUGAAAAGUCUAAAACACCAUCUUCCAAGUCUUCAAAAUCCAAAUCACCGGAGAGUAGUAAGAGUCUUCCACCUCCAGUUCCGGGAAAGGCGGAGUCUCCUACAAAAACUCCUGGAUGUAUGAAGUGGGCAAAUAAAGAUUUCCGAAAGUCUGCUCUAAAUAUGGGUCCUGCAGAUCAACCCAGAAAAUCAAGAUCAUCAUCAUCACCAGUGGACUCUGCUGAGAGAUUAGAAAGAUCUCCCAGCUGCAGCUCAUCAAGUAGUUUGAGCAACGCUGACGCUGUUGACUCGAGAAAUAUUCGGGAAUCAUCGAGGGGUUCACUUCUGGCAACGUCAGCGGACGAAUUAUCGAUGGACAGACCAACAUCACGGAGUGAGUCAGUGGAUGUCGUGUCGUCUAAAAAUGAGGAGGCGAAAUCAUUCUUGAUUCGAGCACUUGGACCUGUGUCUCUCUUAAAUUCUAAAACUCCCUCGUCUCAGUUGUCGCCCGAGAAGCCUAACUGGUCAGUCGACAGUGCCACUAGUGAUACUCCUGAUAGUCUAAGACAGGAGGCUGAACUUGUGAGAACGGAAUCAUCGAGUGUGGGGGAUACAAUGAAGUACAGACUGAGGCAUAUUGAUUCAGGAGAGAAGGCUUGGUGGUUGAAUAACAGUGAGGGAGAAAGUGGUCAGGAGAAGAGGGAUGAAAGCCCCAAGAUUCAAUACAAGAUCAGGCAUAUUGAAUCCGGGGAGAAAGCAUGGUGGAUGCUCAGUGAGAAUUCUACAGAUGCAGAUAAAAUUAGAAUGCAACAGAGAAGUAGUUCAGAAGCCAAAUCUGAUACUCCAAAUCCAAAGUACAAGAUUAGGCAUAUUGAGUCUGGAGAACGAGCUUGGUGGCUUGGCCCAGAAUCUCCAAAGCAUCAAAUUUUUCAGCCACAACCCAAAAAAUCUCCUGUUAUGCAAGAAGAAUCGUCGGAAGAUGAAGAAGUGGUUAAAGCAGAUCAUCCUCUGGGUGAUAGAGCUAGUCCUGAAGGUCUCGAAUCAACAAGAAAUCACUCUCCGUAUGAUAAUGUACCCCAAAAGCCGCGCAAAUCUCCGCGAAGUCUCUUUAUUUCGCGCCACACAAACAUCGAUGACCUUCUUGGCGCGAGUCCAAUCAUGAUGGCGGAGCGUUUCUCAGCUAGAGAUGUCUUUGAGGAGAUUUCGCCGUCACAAGUGCGUAUCCAUGACAGUACACCACAGAUGCCGGUGAUUCAGAGGAACGGCGAAGUCAGGGAAAACAGCUGGAGUGCGACUUCAGGUGGCCAGAACCAUUUGCUGGACGAUGCAGCCGUUCAGGUGUACAAAGACGGAGACUAUGGUGCUUAUCUGGAUCUGGAGUCUUCAUUGGCUGAGCAAUCUGAAGACAUCGAUGGCCUUCAAUCUGGGCGCAAAAACUCCCUCGUGGUCCGUACGCAGCUCAGUGUUCGCGUCCAUGCAAUUAUUGAGAAAUUACUGUCGUCGGAGGGUCGUGAAUUGCGACGGGCACUUUUCUCCCUGAAGCAGAUCUUCCAAGAGGACAAAGAUCUUGUUCAUGGUUUCGUGGCUCUUGGAGGUCUCAAUUGCCUAGUCCGUGUGGGAAGUGGAGCUGAUCAGAACUACCAAAAUUACAUCCUGAGGGCACUUGGACAGGUGAUGCUCUACGUGGAUGGCAUGAAUGGGGUGAUGAAAAAUGGACCAACAGUUCAAUGGCUAUACUCGCUGAUCGCCUCGAAAUAUAGAUUAGUGGUGAAGACGGCGCUCAAACUCUUGCUCGUGUUCGUGGAAUACGUAGAGAGUAAUUGCUAUCUUCUGGUAAAUGCUAUCCAUACUGUGGAUUCAGCCAGAGGCUCUCUUCCGUGGUCCAAUAUUAUGCGACUUCUCAAAGACUAUGAAAAUGCGGACACUGAGCUGCUAAUCUAUGCGACAUCCCUCAUUAAUAAGACAUUAUCCGGGUUGAGUGAUCAGGACAGCUUCUAUGAUGAAAGUGACUUCCUGGAGCAGCAGGGCAUGGAGGGAGUUAUCCAGAGGUAUAUGUCACGACCUGGCACGGAUUUAGAUCUGCUGGACCAGUUGCAGCUCUACGAAGCGGUUCUCAAGUUUGAAGACGGCGAAACGGAUGGCAUUCGCAUUCCCGACAAUUCUGUCCGUAAAACACUUAGGUAUCGUGCCACGGAUUCGGCCGAGAGGCGGAAGUCUCGCCGGCACAGCACUGGAAAUACACCGGCGCCUCCUGUCCCACCGUUGCCACACAACCUCACAAUGCCACCCGGACAGACACUGGAUGAAGAUAGUUCUAGCUCUCAGAAUUCCACAGAACUCAACUGCGUCUUCCGGGAGUGCAGGGACAAAACCCCCCGGGAAGGUGCUGGUGUUACUCCGGGUCUCCGUCGUCGACGUGAACGGGCCGAGCGUCAGAAGAGCUUUAUGCGUGAGCAGCAGGAUGCAGCAAAUCGACUGACAAACGGCAACAGCGGUGAAGAAAAUGGCCACGGCCUCGUGACUGCUGUUCCUGUGCGUCUGCAAACCCAUCCAUCGCCCCUCGUGGUGAUCCGAGGUGGUGGUGGCGGUAAUAUGUCCUAUCGGCUGACUAAUGGCUUUUCUGGCUACCCUAAAGUCCUUCCGGACGCUUCAAGUCCCCAACACAGGCUGUUUGAGACGGAGUCCAAUAGACUCAAUCAUUUCUACAACCAACUCACGACCAUAAAAAAUGGUGGACACGUGAAUGGACACAAGCCAACGCCACCGGCUCACGAUCCUGCCGCAGAGUCAGACGUGAAUGAUGAAAAGAAGCUCCUGUUGCAACUGAAGCGUGAUCAUACAGUAAAGGAUCUGACACAGAAACUUAGCAAUCUACCAAUAAGUCCACAGGAAGAGAAACCUCAGAAUCGAAUUGGUGAUAUGUCAGGUUUGAUCUCGAAAGCCAAAGAGGGUCUGGCGAAAAGUAAGAGUCGUGGGGACAUUUCACGGUCUCCCAGUGUCGAUCAGGACUUCAAGAAGCAAUCUCCGGAGCCCAAAAAGUCCGAAAAUGAGUUGCACUGGGAGGAGUUGGUAAGAAAUAUGAGUAGACCAUUGAAUCUCUGCGAUCUGGACUUUACGGAUCUUGGGUCUGAGGAUGAGAAGGAUGUAUUGGCACCCAGAGGUCUCGGAGGGACAAUACCUCCUCCGCCACCGCCUCUUGGAAUGCCACCGCCAAUUCUGCCGCCGCCGACGAACCUUGUACCACCUCCAAUAAUGUUCCUCAAUGGUCCGGCCAAAUGCAAUGGUGAUGCAGUGCCUGGGGUGAAAAAGACCAAGAAGACUGUGAAGUUGUUCUGGAAGGAGGUUCGUGAGGACAUGAUUCCGGCCAUUGUGGGCAGAACGGUCUGGGAUGAACUACCACCCACAAAAGUGGACACCGACAAACUGGAGCACCUCUUUGAGUCGCGUGCUAAAGAUCUCAUGACGAAGAAGCAGCAGGAGAUGAACAAGAACAAAGAGAUUAUCGUGUUGGAUCACAAGAGAUCAAAUGCAAUUAACAUUGCCAUGACUAAACUUCCUCCGCCUCGUGCAAUAAAGGCAGCCAUUCUGAAGAUGGAUGCAACUGUUGUGACCCGGGAAGGUAUAGAUAAACUGCUAAAUAUGCUGCCUACGGAGGAGGAAAGGGGCAAAAUUCAAGAGGCUCAGAUGAUUAAUCCAGAACUUCCAUUGGGAAAUGCAGAACAAUUUUUGCUGACACUGUCUUCAAUCUCUGAACUUGCGGCUCGCCUUAAGCUUUGGGCCUUUAAGCUGGACUUUGAGAUUAGCGAGAAGGAAAUUGCAGAGCCAUUGAUGGAUCUCAAGCAAGGUCUUGAACUUCUAAAAGCCAAUAAGACCUUCAAGUGCAUCCUAUCGACACUUUUGGAAGUUGGAAUCUUCUUAAAUGGUCAACCAGUUAAAGGUUUUCAGAUUGAGUAUCUCGCAAAGGUUCCAGAAGUCAAAGAUACUGUGCAUAAACACUCACUUCUUCAUCAUCUCUGUCACAUGGUCAUGGAAGCUUCUCCUGACACAACAGAUCUCUACUCGGAGAUUGGUCCCAUCACCCGAGCAUCUAAAGCUGAUUUUGCCGAAUUAGCACACAGCAUUGUGCACUUAGAACAAGAAUGCAAAGCUUCUUGGGAUCGUCUAAAGCUCAUUUCCAAACACGAUUGUCCGCCACAUCUGAAACAAAAGCUCGUAGACUUCCUUGCAGAUUGUGCCGAAAGAAUAAUAAUCCUGGAUAUUGUCCAUAGAAGAGUUAUCAAUCGAUACAGGAAGUUUUUGAUGUGGCUUGGUAUUCCACAGCACAGAGUGGCUGAGUCCAAGCCAAAUGACUUCUGCAGAAUUGUGUCAGAGUUUGCAUUGGAAUAUCGAACGACAAGGGAGAGAGUUCAACAGCAAAUUGAGAAGAAGGCCAAUCACAGAGAGAGAAACAAAACACGAGGAAAGAUGAUCAUAGAUGUGGGAAAGUUUAAGACACAGGAAGAUAGAGCAGAUGCUGAAUUAAGACAACUUUUGGGCUCUCCGAUGACCACAGUGGACACUCCAGACCCGGGAAAUCCCUUCACUUGGCGUAGACGUCGUCCGGAAAAUCUCCAUUCGCCUAAGACGAUCAACAGGGACGAGCAGUUUACGGAUGGUGAUGACGAGAUUCUCGAGUCACUGGUGAAGACGGCCACGAAGGCACCGGGCACAAGGUCGACACCACGCGAACGAAAACGCACUCGACACGCCGAUCGAAAGUCCUUAAGGAGGACUCUGAAGAAUGGCUUAACGGAAGAGGAAAAGCAACACGUUGCAACUUACAUUCAAGGGAUUUAGAUGCAAACACAUACCAAAUUAUUCACGAUGACGACGUAAAGAACAAAGAAAAUAAUAAAUUGUCUAACUUAUUUCUCUUGUAUCUCAAUAUUAAAGAAAAAAACCAGUGAUAAGCCCAGAUAAGCUUAUGGUAGCUGAGAUUCUUUACAGGUGACCUCGAAAUGCGUGCAACUCGGGGUGCUUGCAACUCGGAAUGUGUGAAAAUUCGAUUGUGAGUUGAAUUUUGGGGGUAAAGAAUUGCGUCGAGCAAACGUUUUCUAUUUUAAAUUGUUUGAGUGUAGAAGGCCAACGGAAGAAAAAAAAGUUCAUUUAAAUCGGUGAAUAAACAUUAGAGAUAGGGUCCGGUCCAUAUAGAUAUAGUAAGGUUCGGGGUACAGUGGGUUGGUGUAUAGACGGAUGGGACCCAUCGUUAGAAAGAUCUCCAUCUCAGAUACAAUAAAUACUAAAAUUUCAUCGAAAUCGUAUCAUAAACACCAAAAAUGCAGUCAGGUCAAGACAUUUUUGAUUAUAGCUCGGGUCAGGGAACAUCGAGGGAGGAGUGCGUCCCACUGUUGGAAAGGUCUUGGCCUUAGCUACAACAUACUAAAAUUUAAAGGAAAAGCAUCGUCUAGUUUUCGAAAUAUUCGAAAAUUAAUUUUCGAAAAUCGAUUUUUCGUUUAGGGCAGAAUCACAUUGACAUUAAAAUGCUCCCCGUAGCCUCACCGUAUUUCGUUAAUUUACGCAUUUUUAUUGCAAUUCUUACGCAAAUUUUCCAUUACCGUAUUACCUUAUCUCAUACUCGGUGGCACUAGGUGCAAAUAAUAUAAGAAAAUUGAAGAAAUAAAACGAAAAUGCGAUAAACGGUGAGCAACAAAAACUGUAAGAGAAAUUAAUCGUACAGUUUUUUUUGCUCACCGUUUAUCGAAUUUUCGUUUUAUUUUUUUCAAUUUUCUUAUAUUAUUUUCACCUAGUGCCACCGAGUAUGAGAUAAGGUAAUACGGUAAUCGAGAAUUUGCGUAAGAAUUGCAAUGAAAAUGCGUAAAUUUACGAAAUGCGGUGAGCAUUUUAUUGUUAAUGUGUGAUUCUGCCCUUAAUCGGACCUUCGAUUAAAUCCGAUAAAAUUGGGGUGUCAUGAAAGUUGUAGUACUCCACGAGAGCUUUCCAAAACACCAAAUUUUUUCGAAUUCAGAUAAUUAGAACCGGAGAUAUUUCCAUUUGAAAAAUGAAUAUUUAACCCCUUCUAGCUCGGGUCAGGGGGGUCGGGAUACUUUAAGUUUGGUACUGAUAGAAAGCUCUUAGGCCUAGCUAUAACAUACUAAAAUUUGAGAUCGAUCGAUGCUAUAGGGGAUGAGUUAUUAAAAAAAAAAAAACAAAAUUUAGGGGUAUUCCAAAAUGGCGGAAGCGUUUGUACUCCGGACGGAAUGGGACGAGGCAGGACGGGACGAACGGGAUGUCCACGAAAAUCUAUUUUUAGCGCAUAUGAUAUUCGUGAUCUAUGAGUAUCAAAACGCGUAAAUCCAAAAUUUGGGCCCGAUCUGACGAGAUCGCAUUUCACCUGUGACCAUAAAAGUUGAGAUUGUAAAGAAUCUCAGCUAAAAAUAACAAAAUACAGAGAAAAUACUCGCGAUUAGUAGAAACAAAAAAAUUGGAGCUAGAAAGCACCAAAAGUUGUGAUAUUGAAGAAAGAAAUUAAUAGAACAAAAUGCACUUUUUAAGUGAAACUGGCAAUUGUUUCAAGUAGAAAAUGUCUCAUUAUGUUUUUUUUUUUCAUUGAAAAAAACUCAAUGGAAAUUACUCUUUUUAGUUUUUCUUAAUCAAUUUCAAAAUGACCCAUUUUUCUCACAGAUGUAUAAAGGAGACAGAAUAAAAACUAUUAAAAAGUUAUAAAA